AACCGGAGAUUUUCGCCUUAGUUCCCAGCUGGUAGCUGCUCACCAACCUGCAGGAACCAAUCAUGGAAGCUCAUGACAAAGAGUCCAGAGACCUCCCACCAGUACUACUCCUAAACCAUUGGCUGACUUCAAACUGUUCGGAGAGGAAGUCUUUUCCUCAACAAAAUCUAAUUUCUUGAAAGCAUAUAAGUCAACGCUCCCUCUCGAACAAUUCUUGAAAACACAUCCUCAGUCAGUUGAAGCCAUUCUAUCAUCGGGCGGCGCCCCCGUUACAGCCUAGAUUUUACGGCUCAUGCCAGCGGUUAGAUUGGUCAUGACCACUAGCGCUGGCUUGAAUCACACAGACAUAGCGGAGUGCCGACGCCAUGGCAUCUCUAUAGCCAAUGCUGGAAACUUUUUCUCUGAAGAUGUGGCGGAUUUGGCCGUUGUUUUGCUGAUUGAUGUGUUGAGGAAUGUCUCUGCCGCAAAUCGGUAUGUUAAACAAGGGCUUUGGAAAGGAGACUACCCGCUUGGCUCCAAGCUGGGCGGUAAGCGAGUUGGGAUUGUUGGAUUAGGUAGCAUUGGCUCAUUAGUUGCUGAAAGACUUAUAGCUUGUGGACGCCACAUAUCAUACAACUCAAGAAGCCAAAAGCCGUCCAUUCCAUACCCUUUCUAUUCGAACAUCCGUUAGCUUGCUGCUAACAGUGAUGUUCUCAUAAUUUGCUGUGGAUUAACUGAGGAAACAAGUCACAUGAUCGAUAAGGAUGUUCUGUCAGCACUGGGGAAGGGAGGAGUCAUUGUUAAUAUUGGACGUGGGGCAAUUAUUGACGAGCAGGAAUUGGUUCGGUGUCUAGUACAAGGAGAGAUAGCAGGUGCAGGUUUGGAUGUUUUUGAGAAUGAGCCUAAUGUUCCUAAAGAGUUCUUUGCAUUGAACAAUGUUGUUCUGUCACCACAUCGUGCUAUAUUUACAUGGGAAACUUUCAAGGAUAGGCAAAAACUUGUGGUGGCAAACUUGGAAGCUUUUUUCUCAAAUAAGCCACUACUCACUCCAGUUGUGGAUGGCUAGCUGGGUUUAGGUUCGUUUUUAUUUUGUUCAUCAGACAUUUUGAAAAACAUCUUGUAUACGGUACUCAAGGUUCUCUUGGAAGUAAUUUAUGAUAAAAGUGUUGAGUUUUAAUCUCUGUAACAUUAUUUAUUUGUGAUCCUUCAUUUAUAGUAUCAUAUUCAAUGACAAUUACUCGUUGCCCCUAAUCUGAUUUUUAAGCUCAUUUCA